AUGACCGGAUUCAGUUUCGCAUCAGGGUCUAGAUACGACCCGCUAACACCAAUAAUAAGCGUAGAGUGUGAUCUCAUGUUCCGAGCAAUUGGAACAUUUCAAAAGUUACCGGGCGAAGCUAGAGACAGCUAUCGGGAAGAACAGGACAAUGAGAUAGUAAAAAAUGCUCUGUUUCUAGUCAGUGCCGGGACUAAUGACUUUGUCGUAAAUUAUUUUCCCGUGCCUAUUAGGCGUAACAAUUACACAAUCUCAGAAUACACAAGUUUCGUUCUACAAGAAGCUCGACAAGUUUUUCAGGGAUUAGUGGACCAAGGUGCCACGCGAAUAGGAGUAGUGGGCCUUCCUCCGUUGGGCUGCUUGCCGAUUGUAAUAACACUAUAUUCCGAGGACCCAAUUGCAAACCGAGAUUGCAUUGCAAAUUUUUCAUGGGUAGCACGAGAUUAUAAUCACAUGCUACAAAACGAAUUGAAGGAAAUGCAAAAACAGCUUCAACCUUCGGGAUCUCGGAUUGCUUACAUGGACAUAUUUGGACCAUUAGAGGAAAUGACCUUAGGCAACAAAUAUGAUUUUGAGGAGGUUAGAAAGGGAUUUUGCGGGACAGGGCUGCUUGAAGCUUCGCAUAUGUGCAAUUCAAAUAGUGUCGUGUGUGAAGAUGUGAACGAGUACGUGUUUUGGGAUGCGAUUCACCCGACUGAAAAAACAUAUUUUCUGCUGUUUCAAGAGUUUAGGCCUUUAAUCGACAGCCUAGUUAAGGAAUAA